ACUACCAACCAACGAAACAGCUAAACAGUGUAUCAAAGCACACCUACGUACAGGAACACAACCAAGAAAUUAUCUUAUCGCCCCAUGGCCUCUUCUGCUCUCCAUCUCCCACUCUCCUCACCCUCAAGCGCCAUCGCCGCCGCCCCCAACAAUAACCCUUUUCAUGCCCUUUCGCAUUCUUCACAAACCAUCAUCUCCUCUCCACCCCCUAAUCCAACUCUCAGAACUCCCACCAUCCGUUCCCGCCUCAGCCAAUUAUGCCAACAAGGCCAACCCCAUCUUGCCCGCCAAAUUUUCGACACAAUUGCCGAACCAAAGACAGUUCUUUGGAACACCAUCGUCAUUGGUUUCAUUUGCAACAACAUGCCCCAAGAAGCCCUUCUAUUUUAUUCCCACAUGAAGAAUUCCUCCCCUCACACCAAAUGUGACUCUUAUACUUACUCCUCUGUCCUCAAAGCUUGCGCUCUAUUGCGCAAUUUACGCAUAGGUAAAGCUGUUCAUUGCCAUUUUAUUCGGGGUUUAACCAACCCCAGUAGGAUUGUAUAUAAUGCUUUGUUAAAUUUUUAUGCUACUUGUUUGAGUUCUUCGGAUAAUAAGGAAAUGGGUGGUUAUAUUAAGGGCUUUGACUAUUCGAAACAUGAUUUGGUAUGUGCAGUAUUUAAUAUGAUGCGUAAGCGAGAUGUUGUUGCUUGGAAUACUAUGAUUUCGUGGUAUAGAAAAACAGAGAGAUAUUUGGAAGCAGUUAUACUGUUUAAGAAAAUGAUGAAAAUGGGGAUAAGACUUAGUGCAGUUAGUUUUGUUAAUGUUUUCCCUGCUUUAUCCGGUUUAGAGGACUAUAAUAAUGCUGAAGUUCUUUACGGUAUGCUUCUCAAGUUGGGAAGUGAGUGUGUUGAUGACUUGUAUGUUGCUAGUUCUGCGAUUUUCAUGUUUGCAGAGCUUGGUUGCCUUGAUUUUGCUAGGAAGAUCUUUGACAAUUGCUCACAGGGAAAUAUCGAGAUUUGGAACACUAUGAUUGGAGGGUAUCUUCAAAAUAAUUGUCCAGUUGAGGGAAUUAAGCUUUUUCUUCAAGCUAUGGAGUCAGAAACUGUUUUCGAUGAUGUCACUUUUCUCUCAGCUUUAAGUGCAGUUUCACAGUUGCAGUGGUUGGACUUGGCACAGCAGCUACAUGCCUAUAUAAUUAAGAAUUUAAGCAAAUUGCCAGUUAUUGUAGCCAAUGCAAUACUUGUUAUGUAUUCCAGGUGCAACUCAAUCCACACAUCAUUCGAAGUUUUUGAUAAGAUGCCUGAAAGAGAUGUCAUCUCUUGGAAUACUAUGGUUUCUGCUUUUGUACAGAAUGGGUUGGAUGAUGAAGGGUUGUUACUUGUAUAUGAGAUGCAGAAGCAAGGUUUUUUGGUUGAUUCUGUGACUGUAACUGCUCUGCUUUCAGCAGCAUCAAAUCUUAGAAACCGGGAAAUUGGAAAACAGACCCAUGCUUAUCUUCUUAGGCAUGGCAUUCAGUUUCAGGGGAUGGAAAGUUAUAUUAUAGACAUGUAUGCUAAGUCUGGUUUGAUUAGGAAUUCACAACUACUUUUUGAAAAAAGCAAUUCCUGCAAUAGGGAUCAAGCCACAUGGAAUGCUAUGAUUGCUGGUCUUGUACAGAAUGGGCUAGUUGAAGAGGCUAUCAUUGUCUUUAAACAAAUGCUCCAGCAAAAUGUGAUGCCUAACGCUGUUACGUUGGCAUCAGUUCUCCCAGCUUGUAGUCUAAUGGGAAAUGUAGAUUUAGGUAAGCAACUUCAUGGAUUUUCUGUUCAUAAUUUGUUGGACCAAAAUGUCUUUGUGGGCACUGCUUUAGUUGACAUGUAUUCCAAAUCUGGUGCCAUCAAGCUAGCUGAAAGCAUGUUUUUUGAUAUCCCUGAGAAAAAUGCUGUCACGUACACCACAAUGAUAUUGGGUUAUGGUCAACAUGGAAUGGGUGAGAGGGCUCUCUCUUUGUUCCGCUCAAUGCAGGCAUCUAACAUUCAGCCUGAUGCCAUUACCUUUGUCGCAGUCUUAUCAGCUUGUGCUUAUGCUGGAUUGGUUGAUGAGGGCCUUCAUAUAUUUAGGUCAAUGGAGAGAGAGUUUAAGAUCCAUCCCUCAACUGAGCAUUACUGUUGUGUCACUGACAUGCUAGGGAAGGUUGGAAGGGUGGUUGAAGCCUAUGAGUUUGUUGAACAAUUAGGUGAAGAAGGUAAUUCUGUGGAGAUUUGGGGAUCACUUCUUGCAUCUUGCAGACUUCACCAAAAAUUUGACUUGGGUGAAGUUGUGGCCAAGAAGUUGCUUCAAACGGAUAUAAGAAAUAGCAUGACAGGCUAUCAAGUUUUGCUCUCAAAUUUAUAUGCAGGGGAAGGAAACUGGGACAAUGUUGGCAGAGUGAGGAGAGAAAUGAAAGAAAAGGGUAUUAGAAAGGAUGUUGGAUGUAGUUGGAUUCAGGUUGCAGGUUGUGUGAACUGCUUUGCUUCUAAGGACCAAGAGCACCCCCAAUCUGAUGAGAUAUAUAACUUGUUAGGACUGUUCAAGAAGAUGAAAAAUGCUGAUUAUUAUUAAAUACUUAGAAGAAUUCCCAUCUCCUUGGUAUUUUCUGAAUUUGAUGAGUGAAGAGGAACAUAACUUGUGGAUUAUGAUGGCACCUUAGGACUACAAAGGGGAGAUGAACAUCUUUUUGCUCUAGAUACCGGCAAGUGGGUUGGCUGGUGUAUGGCUACUUUAUUUGGGUUUGUUUUAAGGAUAUGUUACUUCUUUUGGGACUGUUUCUCCAAUUUGAAAUUUUGGAGCUUUGUUGAUAUCUGGGACUGGCUAAAAUUUCUGGAGCAAGUUAGUGGCUUAUUUGAGCAGGUUGUCAGUCUCAGGUGGCAGAAUCCCUUGACAUGGUGUUUGGUGUUUUACUCUAGCCCUGAAGACUGGGCUGGUUAGAUUUCAAGCUGGUCAAAAAAUGAAAAUGGCCUCAUUUUCAUUGUUCAGUUUUGUAACAAGCAUCUCUCUCCUUAAGACAACCCCACCACUCCCCCCCAGGGCACUCCAAAAAAAGUAAUAAAAAAAUGAAGGGGUAGCAGGUAACAGAAGAAAGAAAAUUUUUUCUAGUACCUUAUCUUACUGGAAGUUUAUGCAACUCUUUCUGUCUUACCCAACAAUGGGAAUGGGGUGCUUCUUUUAUAUGUUUACAUGCUGAUGCAUAUUUGUUAUUGUAUUGUAAAAAGACUGAAUACCUUAGGAGAGCUCAAGGGAUGAGGCAAGAAAAUAGUUAACAAGGUACGCAUAUGACUGAAAACAAGGGAUUUCUCUUACUGAAGGAAUCAGCAAAUGUGAUUAUUAAAUAAAGUAUAGGGUGAUAUAGAAACAUCAUGGUUCUUUUGUAGGUUGUGUGUUCGCAUCAUAAAAACAGCCUGAUAUGCAAGUUGGAUAAGGAAUUUAAUAAAUAAGUUUCAUUUUAUCCUUUCAUGUACAAUGUAUGAAACCUCUCUACAUUGUGUCAUAGUGGAUUAAGCUAAGUAACUGUCAGGUUUUGGGAUGGGAAAAAGCAUUAGUGUUCAGAGGUCUUGGAUCUACUUGGGGUCUGGGGAAAGAGAUGUGGGUCGAAGUUAAAAAUUUUAAUGCUGAAUUUACAACAUCUGCAAGGCUAGUGUUUAAGUAAUAUAUCCAACCUGUAAAAUUCGUAGCUGUAUGUUAUUGCCUUUUUGCAUAACCAUUGACUUCCCAAAGAGAUAUAGCAAACUUUCAUAGGUAGCAGCUCAUAUUGCACCUUGUCAAUGAAACCUCACCUUUGAAUUCUAGUAUUUAUUGCUUCCACGCUGUUGUCAUGAUCCUGUUCUCCACAUUUGCAGGUAGCAAGUUCUAACCUUUAAUUCCAAGAUUUAACUGAGAACAUCAGCUGCCCUUUCUUUGUUUUCUAUUGAAACAGAAGAGGGAAAAGCUUCCAAUAAAGAGAUGUGUUGAGAUGGUUAUGCCGAUCCAAGAGUCGGAGUACAAAUCAUUUGGUGGGGAAAGCAAUGUGCAGGAAAGGCGUGUUCUAUUUUCUGUCUUUCCAGUUUUCAUUGGGUGAAGAAGUGUUUCCUAUUUGAAAGCUUGCUCUCUGUAUAAAUUUGUUCAAAAUGCAGGAAUACCGCAUGCAUCUAGUUAUUUACCCAAAAGGACACCUUCUUCAAUGACUAUACCUAUACUAUUGUGCCAUAACAAGUUCUACUUUUGCAAUCAAAGCUUAAGUUUAAAUUUUGUAAUUUCAAUUUGA